GCGCCCCUGAUCGGGACGGGAGGCGGGGUUCCAGUGCGUGACGUCACGGGGACCGGGUCCGCAGCCCGGGGCCGCUCCAGCGGUGGGCGCGAUGCUGGAGCUCGGAGCGGAAAUGAAUGUGUGUGCCCCGGAGAAAGCAAAACUGAGUUGAAAUCAUUGAGGUUUGGACUAUCAGUGGGAGAUACCGAUGCUGGAAGAGUGAAGUAGAUGAGAGGAAAAACAGAAGAUCCCAGAGGAUGGUGUUUCCUUUGUGCUUCCUUUCCUCAGUUGGCAGUUGGCACGAAGCUCCCCAAACAAACUGCAGGCAUUUCAACAAAAGCCUGGCUUUCUAUUUAGAUUCCAGAGAAGGACGUGACCACAGUGCCUGAGCGGUGACCAAACCAUGUCUCAAACUGCCAUAGAUGCCCUGGAGCUGUCCAGAUCCGUUGUCGAGGCCACUCAGGCAGCGGUGGUACUCGCUAAUUCGACAGAGAAGUUGGCCUCCACACUUGGGGUGUUGGGCCCCAUCACUGGGGUGGCAUCAAUGACUGUUAAACUAUCCUUGAGCAGUGUUGACAGCCCGGAGCUGGCCUUCAUGAAGGAGCAGUUCCAGGCCGUCAGGAACCAGCUGGAUGUCAUCUCGGGGCAGAUUUCGGAAGUCCUUCGGGAGAUCGAGAGAAGCACCAUCAACAACCAGUAUUUCCCCAUUGAGGAAAACCUCAAGAACCAGUUCAGAAAGUACAUGGACAUCCUCAACGCAGCGCCAGAGUUCCGGCAGAAGGAGAAGGAAGAGUUCCUCAAACACUUCAACGCGACCAAGGGAGACCAGAACCUCCACACUCUCUAUGACGGGGUGAUGGGAUUCACUGCUGUCUUUGGCAAAUCCAUCCUGGACACUGCCAUGAACUGUGACCAGAGGAACCGGCGCCUGAUGGAGGGGCUCUGCGCCCGACUGAAGAACCUCUUCUGUAUCGGUCUGAUCGCCCUGCUGGGACACGCUGGAAUUACCGGGACCGAUGAAAAGGCGCUGGAGGCGCAAUGGAACCAGAAAUUGGCUGAAGCCGAGAGCAAAAUGAAAUCCAUGGUAGAUCGGUGCAUCAAUGAGUUUGCAGAGCAGGCGGAGAUAGAUGUGGAGAGACUGGUGAAGGAGAAGGGUGGGAGAGAUAACAAGGAAUGUUCACAUUACAUACUGGAAGCAUUAGCCAAGAAAUAUGACUGGGUCCGUUGGUCAGUGCGAGUCUACAAUGGUAUCAGUGGCUUUGGCAAUCACUGCGUUAUUGGCAGUAAUUACUUUCACUUUUUCAGGCUCAAUAAUGUUAAUAUUGUUGUCUCCUACACCACCGACCCAAAGCCAGUUGACGAGACCCUGGUCAGGCAGCUGAUGGACGGCAGGGAUUUUGCAAACGGCUUCUGGUUCGGCUGCAAAAAUGCAAGAAUUGUAGCAGAGGACUUCCACCAUGACCUGCCCGAUGGCUAUGUGGUCCACACAGUGAAAUGCGAUAAUGACCUGUGGUACAAGUGCAACUUCCCCGGGGGAUGCCACUUCUGGGCGAACUGCAUGGGUGUGACCCUGUGCAUCCACCGGGAAUAAACCCUGCCCCCAUAACACCCGGACCACCCCACCCCCGGGCACCUGGAUCAGAGACGCCAGACUCAUUGAAUCAUACAGCACAGAAACGGGACCUUUCAGCCCAUGUAACGAUGCCUACCCACGCUCACCCCGUUUGCCUGUGUUCGGCCCGUGUUGCUCUCCUCCCUUCCUAUCAAAUACCUUUUAAAAGUUGUAACUGUCCCCGCCUCCGCCACUUUCUCGGACAGCUUGUUGUUUCACCAGUCCUGAUCCACACACUCGCUCCGCACCGUGAGACUGUGCGGGCUUUUUAAUUCGGAAUGUUUGAUGGUUGGGAUUAUUCGGUUUUGCUCAGUGAUUGAUUAACCCGUGGAAAUAAAGUUGGUUCACGGUGUGCACACUGA